UUUUAUAAUGUUUGAUCUAUUAUGUGUUAAUUGAAAUAGAGUAGCUACAUGUCUGAAUUCACAUACAACACAUAAUUAAAAAGCUGUGUUAACAUUAGAGUGAGGUCUUUGUCUGAAUGCCUGUGAUUCAGCCGUAGGCCAGCAGGGGGCGAACUCAGGCRUUGAAGAAUCCUGUACGGUAUUUAAACGGGGACUUCCUGUUUUUCAUUCAGUGUGGUUUUGACUUGUCAKCCGGUGGCAUAAUAAACCUCAGAUCAUCUUAUUUAACACUUGUGUUUUCAUCUGAUGUCAGCCGACAUUAAAACACGUAUUUCUUACAACGUAACAUCCUUACCGAAAUAUUGUGAAACACCUGGUUUAACCUUGUUUUUCAAAACAACAUUCAUUCCUUUCCAUGUUGCCUUUAUAUCAUAUAAAAUAUGUUUAGAUUGGACUGGACUAAAACAUUUUUUAUUUGAUCUCUUCUUUAUUUUCUCCCCACAGAACUCCUCUACCGUUUCUCUGUAAGGUUCUGUGACCAGGAGGAGAACGCCAGGAUGAACCAAGAGGAACCAAAACCGCCGCAGAUUCUAGAGGAACUAGAAUUGCCCCAGAUUAAAGUGGAACACGAGGAAUCAGAACCUCCACAGAUUAAACUCGAAAUAGAAGAAUUGAAAUUACCCCAGAUUAAAGAGGAACACGAAGAAUCAGAACCUCCACAGAUUAAACUUGAAAUAGAAGAAUUGAAAUUACCCCAGAUUAAAGAGGAACACGAAGAAUCAGAACCUCCACAGAUUAAACUUGAAAUAGAAGAAUUGAAAUUACCCCAGAUUAAAGAGGAACACGAAGAAUCAGAACCUCCACAGAUUAAACUUGAAAUAGAAGAAUUGAAAUUACCCCAGAUUAAAGAAGAACAUGAAGAAUCAGAACCUCCACAGAUUAAACUCGAAAUAGAAGAACUAGAAUUGCCCCAGAUUAAAGAAGGUCAAGAAAAAUGGGAACCUUCACAGGUUAAAGAGGAACACGAGGAACUCUACAUCAGUCGGGAAGAAGUACAGAUAAAGCAGGAGACUUUUGCCUUUAAAGUGACCCAAAAUGAUAAGAAACUUCCUGAGAGGAAACCAGAAUCAAAGAACGAUGAGCUCCUUCCUGACAGCUGUACUGAAGCUGAGAGCAGAGAUCAGGAAGGAAGCUCUAAAACCUGCAAAACAUCACUAAAAUGUGACGUUUGUAGAAAAACCUUUGAUAAAGCCUCAUUAUUGAAGCGACAUUACCAAAUCCACUUGGAUGAGAGACCAUACACCUGCAGUACGUGCCAGAAAACUUUUAGAAAUAAAUAUAAUUUGCAGAUCCACAUGAGAAUUCACACUAACGAGGCACCGUUUAUCUGCAAAACGUGCGGGAAAGGUUUCAAAUUUAGCAGCGGUUUCCAGAUCCACACCAGAACACACACUGGCGAGAAGCCCUACUUUUGUGAAACCUGUGGGAAAAGGUUUUCUGAUCACCCAGCAUUCAAAAAGCACAAGAUGGUCCACACAGGUGAGAAGCCACAUGCAUGCAAGACCUGCGGGAGAAGAUUCAACAGCCUCAGUCAUUUAAGUC